AUGUAUGAUGGAGGGUGUUAUAUCAAGAAGGAUGUUUAUGAAGGAGAGUUGGUGAAGGAGAUGUAUGAUGGAGGGUGUUAUAUCAAGAAGAGUGUUUAUGAAGGAGAGUUGUGUUAUAUCAAGAAGGAUGUUUAUGAAGGAGAGUUGGUGAAGGAGAUGUAUGAUGGAGGGUGUUAUAUCAAGAAGGAUGUUUAUGAAGGAGAGUUGGUGAAGGAGAUGUAUGAUGGAGGGUGUUAUAUCAAGAAGAGUGUUUAUGAAGGAGAGUUGUAUGAUGGAGAGUGUUAUAUCAAGAAGGUUGUUUAUGAAGGAGAGUUGGUGAAGGAGAUGUAUGAUGGAGGGUGUUAUAUCAAUAAGGAUGUUUAUGAAGGAGAGUUGGUGAAUGAGAUGUAUGAUGGAGGGUGUUAUAUCAAGAAGGAUGUUUAUGAAGGAGAGUUGGUGAAGAAGAUGUAUGAUGGAGGGUGUUAUAUCAAGAAGGAUGUUUAUCAAGGAGAGUUGGUGAAGAAAAUGUAG